AUGAUCAGCCUUCUGGAAGCUCAAAUCAGCGAGCUGGCAGAGCGCCUGUCGAGAGUUGAAGGCCAUGUCAGGAGCGGCUCGACAACACAAUCAGAGGUCAGCAGACAGAGCACCAAUUCUUCGAUACGCAAGCAGAGCUCUAGCGGAAGUGAGGUGGAUCUUUCUGAGAUGUCUUUCUCCCCAAUCUCAGCACGACCCGCAUCAGAUCGUAGCCUUUCGCUACCCUUCGCCUUGAAGUUUAACAUUCGGAGCGACGACCAACAGUAUUCAACGCCUGAACGCAUGACAGCAAUGCGGGACAUUCUCGUCCGUAACAUCGACCCAUUGUUAAAGAUUGUCCAUCUGGCAUCAAUUCAAUAUCUGUUCGACACCAAAUGUUCAGAGGCGAGAUCCACGCCAUCUGAUGCCAGAGCUUUGAAGUUCGCAAUUUGCUUCGCAGCCGCAGCAAGCCAGGAGCCAUCGGACAGCAAUGUCUUCUCGUCUCCCAGCCACGGGUCACCAGCCAAGACAUACGCGCAUAACUUCGAGAUAUCGUUGUUGAAAGCGCAAUUCAUGUCCAAUCCAACAGUUACCGGGCUUCAAGCCUUGACCAUAUACCUCAUCUGUGGCGCCCAAUUCUUGGACAAGACUUAUGUUUGGUCUUUGACAGCAGUUCUGGUCAGACUGGCCAUGAAGUUGAAGCUGCAUCGCGACCCAGACUCUCAACAAGGCCUCGCAUAUCGAGAUGGCGAGUACAGGCGACGGCUGUGGUGGCAUAUAUGCUCACUUGACGCCUCCACGGCUGAUGCCAGGAACACAGACCCUAUGGUCUACGAAAGACAGUGCAGCACUCGCUUUCCAGCUGCCGUGCAAAACAGCACGAUCAACCAGACCGUGCCAAAGGGGUCUCCAGAAACACUCUUCGCCACUCACUCUCCAGACAUGUUUCAUCGCCUGAUCCGAUUCGAGAUCACAUACUACACCCGCACCAUUCUGUUUUCUGACACAUGCAACGAAGAAAACGAUUUUCCCGUCUUACCAGCAGACGGCAAAUUAUCCAUCAUCGACUCUCUAGAAAAGACUCUGGAAGACAAAUACUAUCGCCGCUGUCAUUACAAAUCAGCGACCUGCAGAAUAGCCAUAACCUCCAGCAAGAUCACCGUCGCCAAAUUGAAGCUCAAAAUCAGACAAGCCAGCACUGCCUGCCAGAAAUACUUCACCAGCGCCGGCGCAGAACAGACCAUAACAGCAUGUAUAGAAAUCGUAGAAGUAACCCAGACACUUCGCACAGACCCAGCGCUGGCCUCCUGGACCUGGCUCUGGCCUCGAGACACAGACCUAGACGCCGCCACCACCAGCCUCCAAACUCUCCACCAAGCCCGCACACGACCCGCCAUCACCCAGAAGGCAUGGACCGCCAUCGACGCCUUCUUCGCCAAUAUCAAGUCAGACUCUGACCUAAUCCGGGACAUUCAGUACUCCCGCCUCAUCGCGCUCCGCAACAAGGCCCAGAAGGGCAAAUGCAAACCCAGCACCGUCAGUCCACUGGGUCGCAGUGAGGGGAGGGCGAGACGGAAGAGUAUGAGCAUUGAUGUUAGCGGGGAGGAGGUUGUGAGAAGUUUUUCCAUGCCUUGUGAUGCGUUGGGCACCAUGUCGGCGCCGACGAGUGCGAAGCAUGGAACUUUUGAUUCGGUGAGUAGUAAGACUAGUGGUGGGACUUCUGCUGCGUGGUCGGCGGAGAGUGCGGGUCCUGCGUGGCCGUUGCCCGGGAAGAGGGGGAGUAUGGUGUUAGAUUUCAUGAUCUGA